AUGAGUCUGGUGGGGGGCUUCCCCCACCACCCGGUGGUCCACCAUGAGGGCUACCCCUUCGCCGCGGCCGCCGCCGCCGCCGCCGCGGCCGCCGCCGCCAGCCGCUGCAGCCACGAGGAGAACCCGUACUUCCACGGCUGGCUGAUCAGCAGCCACCCCUCGGAGAUGUCUCCGCCCGACUACAGCAUGGCGCUCUCCUACAGCCCCGAGUACGCCAACGGGGCGCCGGGCCUGGAGCACCCCCACCACUACGUGGGCGGCGUGGGCCCCCCGGGCAGCGGCGGCGGGCCGCCGGGCUUGGGGGGCGGCGGCGGCGGCGGGCCCCGGCCGGUCAAGCGCCGCGGCACGGCCAACCGCAAGGAGCGGCGCAGGACUCAGAGCAUCAACAGCGCCUUCGCCGAGCUGCGCGAGUGCAUCCCCAACGUGCCGGCCGACACCAAGCUGUCCAAGAUCAAGACGCUGCGCUUGGCCACCAGCUACAUCGCCUACCUCAUGGACCUGCUGGCCAAGGACGACGCCAACGGCGAGGCCGAGGCCUUCAAGGCCGAGAUCAAGAAGACCGACGUCAAGGAGGACAAGCGCAAGAAGGAGCUGAACGAAAUACUGAAAAGCACAGUUAGCAGCAAUGACAAGAAAACCAAAGGCAGAACUGGCUGGCCGCAGCACGUGUGGGCUUUGGAGCUCAAGCAGUGAGAGAGCGCUGAGAGGACUGGAGGAAAUAAUCUCCUUAGAGAACUCUGGAACUUCAGGAGAGAUGGCUGAGAUGGGGACAUCUUCUUUUAUUUCUUGUUUUGGAAUCGUCUGGUUUAUUUAUGUGCAAUUUCCCUCCCCUAGUCUCCCCUUUAAAAAAUGUGGAUCUUGGAAGAAAAGCAUUCCAUAUUUGAAUAUAUGAAGAGGAAAACUCCGGCGUGGUAAGGGAUAAUGUGCUCUCUGUAGUUAUUAUUUUUUUCUCUCCCACUUCCUAUGAAUGUUAUUUUUGCUUUGUAUGUGUAGAACACACGGGACAAAAAAAGGAAAAGGAAAAAAAAAAGAUCUCGAAGGCAUUAGUGUGUUAUGUGAAGUGUAUAUGUUUAAUACUCGCCCUAUUGGAUGAACAUG